UCAAUAUAGUGAAUCAACAGUUUAAACUCUUAUUCUCUAUCUAAACAUUAUAUAUGACUGAAACUUAUCAUAGUGGCUUCUGAUGAUGACAUAAAUAUUUGGAGAAUAUUAAUAUUUUAUAACAUUACCGAGAACAUAUAUAAUAGACACGUGGUUGUGUUAAUCAUUUGUGUUGCCCAAACCUCAGUGUAUUUGUUCACACGGGCCAAGUCACUCCUGUUCUGUCCCUCAGUACGUUUGGUAACUCACUAAAUAGACAUCUUAAUACAAUGUCUAAUCAGAAUCAAGGGGAAGUAAGUUCUGUUUCAAGCAAGAAAGAGGAACUAAGUGUUGUAGCUUCUUCCAAUGACGAGAAUUCUGAGACACUUGUUGCAGAAAAACCAUCUCCCAGUGCUGAUAAACCUGAGAGUUUGUUAAAUCAAGGAAGUGAGUCGAAUGAUAAUGUGGUGACUGAUGAUACUGCAGUGGAGGUAAAGGAGAAAGUGGAGGAUAAGAAAGAACCAGAAGAUGUUGUAGAAAAAACUCCAUGUGAAGCGGCCAGUGAUAACCUCGAGUCACAGCCGGAUAAAUCUGAGGAAGUUCCGAAAAAAUCCAAAAACCAGUUGAAGAGGGAGAGGAAGAAAGCAUUAUGGAAUCUGCAGAAAGACGAAUGGAAGGAAAGGAAGUGGCAGAAGAAACUGGCUAGAGAGAAACAGGAAAUGGAGGAACUUAAGG